AUGCCCAUCACCGAAGUAGUAUUUCCACUGUUCAAGCUGGACCCUGAGUCUCUCGCAGCCCUAAAAGCAGCCACCCCAACAUUGUUUGCGAGCGUCAAGGACGUUGGGGGCCUUUUGACUCUCGUUCGGGGACCGCUUCUGGAAGAGAACGGACAGGCUGUCGAUCCAAACACUCACAGAAGUGUACUUUCCCUUGAAUGGACGGAUGCAGCGUCUUUUCACAACUUCUACCCAGCAUCGGAGAAGUUCUUGAGUUUUGUCAAUAUUAUCAAGCCAAUAGUUGUUGCUCCGCCUGUACCGCAGCUAUUCCAGGCUGAAGAUCGAUCAACCCAGUGCCUAUUUUCAGACAUCACUCAGAUCAUCAGAGUCCAGUCCAACAGCGGAACAGAAGAGACGUGGAAGCGCAUCGAACAACUCCUUGAAACAUCUGUCGGAGAAAAGCUGCCUUCUUACCAUGCAGGCGGAAUUGAAAAGGACGAGGCUUUCUUUCUGGGCUUGAUUGGCUGGAAGAGCAAAGAGCAAUAUGAUCAAUUUGGAAAGCAGAAGGAUUUCCUGGACUUGGUUAAGCAGCUUAACGCCCAGAAUGAGGCUGAUAAUUUCGUUGUACAGUUGUCAAAAGUAGAUAUUUAG